GUCUCCAUCAACAUCACCCCGUAAGUGAAGUUUCCUCAUGCCUUCCAAAGUACACAUGUGCUUCUUAGCCCUUAUUUAUCUCCUUCUUCUACUUUCUGUAUCACACGCAAGAAAGACAUACAGCAAUUGUCAACCACAUGCCGACAAUGAAAGGCAAACACCUUCGUGCCGAGCACCAGCAGCUAUCAGCUGCUGUCAGCCGUCACUCAACAAAGGUACCUGCCCACUCUCCUGCCUCCCUACCGUCGACAACAAGCAGCUACUAACAAAAGCAUCCAGCACACUCAAGUCCGCAAGCAAACCCUCACGACAAACCCCUCGAACACCCACCCCAUGCUCACGCGCGCCACGACCACAAGCCUAGUUCAGAACGCCGUCUUCAACACCCAAGAACUCCUCGAGACAAUCCUCCUGCACCUUCCCAAACCCCAGAACCUGCUCGCAGCCCGGCGCGUGAACAGCCACUGGAACGCCGUGAUCCUCACCUCCACCCCCCUCCGCAGGAAAGUCUACCUCACUCCCCAGCCAACAUCAAAGCACACCCCCUGGCUCUUCGACGCCAAGAGAAAGACGUUGCGCCUCUGCACCUCACAAGAAUGCGAGAUGCCUGGAGCCCUGUGGACGCUUCCCGCCACGCUCAAUUCCGUCUUCUUUUGCGUGGAAGGGGUGGGAAUGAGGGACGGGAUUACGAAAAGAGUGCAGAGAGCUGAGCCUGUUCUGUUGAGGGCGAGGCCAGAUAUGAGCGGCGCAAAUGCGGAGGAGAAAGGGGGGAUAUGCGAGGGGAUGCUGGUUUGUCAGCCUGCGUCGAAACAAGUUACAUUCGAAUGGGUCGUUGAGAGGGUGGGAAAGGGCGAUGUUCUAAGCAGGAGCAGCAGGAGCGGGAAUGGCAGUGGGCGAUUAAGGAAAUUCAUCACGGACAAGGUGACGAAUGAAAGGGGCGUGACGUUUGGGGAUUUGAUGGGCGCUGUGAGGGAUGCGAUUAAGAGGAUGCCGGGGGGUUUGGGGACGGAUGGGAGCGAGUGGUCGGUGGUGGUGGAGAAGAGUUCGCUGUGGCUUAGUGGGGUUGUGUUCCCUACUGAGGAGGAUAGGGAGGGUGUCGAGAUGGGAGCUGUGGGAGGCAGGGCUACUUGACGGGGAGGCUGAGUCGGUGUUGUCGUGACGUUUGCAUUGGGAGAAUGAGAGAUGAUGGACGUGGCGAUGAGGCCGCGUGAUGGUGGCAAGCGCAGGAUGAAGUGAGGUCUGAUGCUUCGAGAGCUUUGUGUGAGCGUUUACAGUACUCUCUUCGCAGGGCAGGGAUGGAGGAAUCAUGACAGAC